AUGUAUAUCCCCAACAGCAGAUGGACCUGGGCAUUCAUGAUAACGGCCAUUCUCCAGGCCGGCAUCGCCCUUGCCCUCGAGUCCUAUGUCUUUGGGAAAUUCCAAGAUAGCGUCAACUGGGCACAAGCCGACGGGAGACACAGCGAAACCCGCACCAUUCCCACCUAUCUGGCCGUCUUCAUGUUCGGCUAUCUAUACCAGCUAUGGCUCGUGUGGGAUGCUCUGCGCCUGAAGAACACCAUUCAGGUUAUAGGUCUCGUCGUCUACAACGCCGGUAUCCUCAUUUAUGCGGCCAUCCAGUUCGACCAGAUUAGAGACGCUGCCGACGAGCUCAACAAGAGCAACUUCGUUGAUGCCGAAUUCUGGAAAGACGUCAAGCCCAUGCUCGUCGCCCUGCCGUGUCUGAUGGCCUUCAUGACCAUGCUCUUUGCAUUCGAGGCAUGGAAGCUGUACGACGAGUUUGCGUGGACCAUCUACAAGCACAUCAGCGCCGAUUUGCGCCUGAAGAGGCGUUAUCUGACAUACCAGAUUUACAUUGCGCUCCUCAAGUUUGACUUCUUCUUUUUCCUUGCGUUUACAGUCCAAUUUCUCGUCGUCGUCCAAAACACAAAGACAGUCGAGCUCGCUCUGACCGCCGUCGCCCUGGUCAUCACCUUUUUCCUCCUCUUCUUCGCCGCCUGGUGGGUCCGCCGCGAGUCUGUUGCCGGCAUGAUUACUAUUAUCAUCGUCUACUUCAUUGCCAUGGCCUACUUCUUGUUCAAGCUCAUCCGCAUGUACAUUGCCGACCUGGAUCGCCAGAAAGACUACCAGCCUGCGCGCAAGUCGUUGACCGCCUUUGCUGUGCUCACCAUUCUCUUGCUCAUUCUUACCAUCGUGGUCGCAUGCAUAUGCACGCACAACUUCAACAAGGGACUCAAGCCCCAUGUCAACAACAAGGCCGUCGAGAACGACGGCAAGGCAUACAACACCGAGAUGCCAUCCAUCAGCGGACCUGCCCCUGGGCAGCGAAUGGAGAUUGAUUAGGUCUGCACUUCGCAAAUAUUACAUACCCAAAAUUUACGAAUUUUCUGCUUUACCUCCACUUUGCGAGCAUGGCCUUGAUCUCGACGCCAGAUCAGUGAUUAUGGCGUUUCCGGGUACUUGGAUAUCUACGAUCUCCCGCGGGAAGAUCUGCAAGGAUAUCAUGGGCGAUUUUCGAAAGAUCCUCAAAAGGGCGGGAUUAGGGGCAGGUCGGAAUUAUACCACAGCGCAUCCGCUUUCCUGACUUCCACUAACGACCACGACUUUUGUACAACACCUGUCGGUCCGUUUUGUAAUUUGUGUUUUUGGCUACCUUAUACCCUUAUGACAAACCAAUGCAAGGUUGAUCUCCCAGCG